AUGCGGAAAAACAUCAUGGAAGCAUCAAUUUCCACUAGUUCAGGAAGAGGGGGACGAGGGGAUUCAAUUCCCCUCCUCACCUUGAGCGGAGGCGGUGUGAGAUGGCCUGGCCACGGCGGCAGGCGGGAGGUGGGCGGCGGCAGCUAUGGCGGCGGUGCUGCAGAGCCGAGGAGGGGGCUAGCUGUGGUGGGUGGAGUUGUGGAGGUGGAGAGCGGCGUGGAGGGCCUACUUAUAGGCCGAGGCGAGGUGAGGAGGAGGGGGCGCAGUGGGCAGCUGGCCGGCGAGCACGGCGUGGCAUCUAGCUACCUUUACACUGCACAAGAUGGCAAAUGCAAGGGCGGAUCGAGCAGCGCGGCAACCAUCAAGCGAUAUGAUGAUGUGCCAGCGAACAAGGAGGUGGUCCUUAUGAAGGCUGUAGCCAACCAGCCUGUGUCAGUGGCGGUAGAUGGAGGAGACAUGACAUUUGAGAUCUACUAUGUUGGUGUGAUGACCGGCUCUUGUGGCAUUGGCCUGGACCAUGGCAUUGCAGCUAUUCGUUAUAGAAAGGCCAGUGACGGCACCAAGUAUUGGCCAAGGUUCUAA